AUGUUGAUAUUCGGCGAAUCGCUGAUGCCGGCGGUGUCUAUCCUGCUGUCGGUGUAUGCCUAUAGCCUGGGUGAUGCUUCGGUGGUGGCGGCGGUACUGGCGACGCGGCCGCUCUUCGUGUUCGUGGCUUCCACGGUGUUGUCGAGGGUGCGGUGGCAGCUGCUGGACGAAUCGUUGACACCGCAGGCGCUGGCGGUGAAGGGUGUGUCGGUAUUGUUGAUUGUUGGCGGGGUUGGCGCGCUCAGUCUGGCGUGA